AUUGUCAGUUGUCAUUGUGUGACAAGCAAUUUAGCGAAAUCCGAACCGUACCAAAGUUAUCGGUUGAUGAGUAUUUUAUAUUUAAUUAAAUUUUCCAUUUUGUUCAACCACGUAGGCCGGAAAAAUGUCCGAGAUAAAGAUAGUGGCGGCGAGUAUAGUUAACUUCUUGAAACAGCAGUUGGAGGGUGAAUCGCUAAGCGUGGACUCCAGGGAGAGCGUGGAAGUCGGCGUGCAGUGCAUCGAGACGGCGUUCGAGCUGACGCCUGAGGAGCUGGCGCGCGGCGUGGACCUGCUGCAGCUGCUGCGGCAGGCGCGCGGGGGGCCGGCGCCGGCGCAGCGCGAGGAGGCCGAGCGGCUCAAGAACGAGGGCAACGAGCUAAUGAAGGCGGAGCGCCACCGCGAGGCGCUCGCCAAGUACACGCGCGCCAUUGAGCUGGACCCGCGCAACUCGGUCUUCUUCUGCAACCGCGCCGCCGCGCACUUCAAGCUGGGCACGCACGAGGCGGCCGUGGCGGACUGCACCGCGGCUCUGGCGCUGCAGCCCAACUACGGCAAGGCGCACGGGCGCCUCGGCAUCGCGCUCACGGCGCUGGACCGACACGCCGAGGCGCGCGCCGCCUUCGCCCGCGCCGCGCAGCUGGAGCCCGACAACGAGUCCUACCGACAGAACCUGCGCCUGGCCGAGGAGCGCCUGUCCGCGCCCGGCGCCGAGCAGCGGCUCGACCUCGGCGGCUUGCUGCAGAACCCCGCGCUGCUCAGCAUGGCCACGGAGAUGCUGUCGGACCCCAACAUGCAGAACCUGAUCUCCGGGCUCAUGACCAGCUCCGCGCCGGCGCCGGGCGGCGGCGCAGCGCCGGGCGGCAUCAACGCGCUGCUGGAGGCGGGGCAGGCGCUGGCGCAGCACAUGCAGUCCGCCAACCCCGACCUGGUGGAGCAGCUGCGGCGCCAGAUGCGCCCGCCCGGCGCGGGGGGCGCGCCCGGCUCGCAGCCGCCGCCCGGCGCGCCCGGCUCGCAGCCGCCGCCGCAGCACUGAGUGUGAACAUCUAUGUUGCUGACGUCAAAUCAAAAUCUACUUUUACUUUAAACUCCAAACAAUGAAAACUAUUGAAGGAAUAUUUUCUGUCACAAACUGUGAACACUUCGUACAGUACAAUGAAACAGGUGAAAAUCCUCAACCUCACACUGAUGAAAGUAAUUACAUGAGUUUUACAUAACUGACUUCUUUGCUACAAUUUUUGAAAAUGAAAUGUAAGGACAAGUUGUAAUUUUAUUUUUAUUUCUUGGAAAGUUACUAUUCACAAUCUUGUAUAACAGUCCUUCGCUAGUGCUCGAAGUAAUGUCUUUCUGCUUCUAAUGAUUUUUAGUAUAUUUUUACUUUAUAAGUUUGAUAUUUUCACACGUUCACACAAAGUUAAUGCUGCAAAAACUUUUUUUAUAUUAUGUUCAGACCAGUGGCGUAGCAUGAGUGGCCCAGGGACAAAUCCUGAAAAUCUACAUACAACAACCCCACAAAGUAUUGUUUUUUUUUACUUUGGUCAUUUCUGCAGAUUUUUCAGGUUUUUUUUAGGAAGCACCACCAGAAUAAGUUAUUAAUAUUGUAAAUUACUUGUUACUAAUUUUUGUCAAGGUUACUACACUAUUGAUGAGUUCCUUAACGAUAAAGGUGCUUGGAGGCCGUUGGAUCAGCUUCCACCUUCACACAGGAAGUAAAACUAUAAUAAAUGUAAACAGUAAUUGUUAUCAAUUGUAAAUAAUAAUACUGUAUGACUUUUUCAAAAGAGCAACUGUUGAGUUUCUUGCCGGUAUCUUCUCAGCAGGACCUGCCUUCCGAACCGGUGGUAGAAUCUUUACAAAUAGUCAACUGACGUGCUUGUAAAUUGAGCCUACUUGAAAUAAAUGAAUUUUGAUUUGAUUUGCUUUCACACGCAAGGGGCCCCUGUAGUCCGGGGGGCCCGUAUCAUUGACACGGUUGAUACUACAACAGCUACGCCACUGGUAUUGUACGCCACAUAUCAAGUAUGAGUUACAAAUCCUACCAGACAAUGGUGUGCGAAUCCCCGGACGUGCAUGAGUUAGGUCAGUGUAGCAGUGCCCAGUGUGGGCCCACGUGAACAGCUUACCUUCUGUAGUAUUCAUUGUUCUGUAGUUUUUUUUAUAUUUUAUACUAGGUACAUUAAUUGUAUUAUACUUAAUAUUGUACUGUUAAAAUUUUAUUCUUCACUGACACCUUGUGUUGUAGGGCAAUUGACUGAUGCAGGGAAAGUUCAGUCUGUCUCGGAAAUGGGAAAUUAUGUACCAGUGUUGGUUUUAUAAGUACAGUUUUAUUUAGUUCUGUAUUUUUUAUAUGUUAUAGUCUGAUGAGGCGACUGGUAGGAGAAAUUGUAAAAAUAAAUAAGGAUUAACAGGGACUGUCUAGAUGCAAUAUAUAAGAAUAAAAUAUAUCAAAGCAUUUUAAAUUCAAGGGUAAACGAAGUGUUAUUCCUUUUAACUGAUAAUAUAAAACAAAUAUAUUGGAAUUAAUAAGUAAUAAAUUACAUUAAAAUAGU